CAGCGGUCCCUUGGACGCUCCCUCCUCCCCGCCUGCCCCCGCGCCGCGCCGCGCCGCGCCGGGAAGGGGGAGGGCGCCGCGAGGCAGCGCGAGGAGCGAGAGGCACCAGGCUGCAGCCAGAGGAGAUCCGGAGACUGCGCGCUGCGAAGCAAUUUUUUUCCUCCACCCUUGGUGGUGGGCGAGGGGGCUGGAAGCGUUCGCCCCGGCUCCUGCGCACAUGCUCUCUUCCUCGCAAAGUUUCUCCUCCGAUCACUCCGGGAUUGUUCCUGCUCUGCUGCGGGCGCUAACCUUGAACUUUGUGAGCCUGGUGACAGCGCUCUGCUAACCCGGCACCAGCUUCUUUUGCAAAACAAAAAAACCAAACCAAACCAAACCCAAACAACAACAUCCAAAUCCUCCCGCCCUCCCCCCUUAAAAACAAAUCAACAACAACAAAAAACAACUCCCCCCCCCCUUCAGCUGAAAAGCAACCGCCACCAUCACCAUCAGCAGCAGCAGCAGCCGCAGCAACCAAAGGCAAAGACUCCUGCGCCGCCGACAACAAGAGGGUUAAAAGUGUAGACUGGAUUUCACCCCGGGAAAUCUAGCGCACGGAGUGAACUUGAAUCUUUGGCUAUUUAAGGAGGACUGGGGGUUUGUUGCGAAGUUGCGGUGAUCCAGGGCGAGAGCCCCGUCCCGAUUGAUUUCAUCUUCCUUGAGUCUCAGAUGACUGUAAAAUGAAUAGAUGAAAUUAUUCCCUUUUGAGGCUUUUCUUAGGGGCUCUCCGGGAAGUUUGCUCUCAAAGAGAAGUCAUGAUGUAUUCUCCCAUCUGUCUCACUCAGGAUGAAUUUCACCCAUUCAUUGAGGCACUUCUUCCACAUGUCCGUGCAAUCGCCUAUACUUGGUUCAACCUUCAGGCUCGAAAACGCAAGUACUUUAAAAAACACGAGAAACGAAUGUCAAAGGAUGAGGAAAGAGCAGUCAAGGAUGAGCUACUUAGUGAAAAGCCUGAAAUUAAACAGAAGUGGGCAUCCAGGCUCCUCGCCAAGCUGCGCAAAGAUAUACGCCAAGAGUACCGGGAGGAUUUUGUGCUCACCGUUACUGGGAAGAAGCACCCAUGCUGUGUAUUGUCCAAUCCUGACCAGAAGGGUAAGAUUAGGAGAAUCGACUGCCUGCGACAGGCUGACAAAGUCUGGCGGCUGGAUCUAGUCAUGGUGAUCCUGUUCAAAGGCAUCCCCUUGGAAAGUACGGAUGGAGAACGUCUCAUGAAAUCCCCACAUUGCACAAAUCCAGCACUUUGCGUCCAGCCACAUCACAUAACAGUAUCAGUCAAGGAGCUUGAUUUGUUUUUGGCAUACUACGUGCAGGAGCAAGAUUCUGGACAAUCAGGAAGUCCAAGCCACAAUGAUCCUGCCAAGAAUCCACCAGUGUACCUUGAGGAUAGUUUUGUGAAAUCUGGAGUCUUCAACGUGUCAGAACUUGUGAGGGUGUCCAGAACACCUAUAACCCAGGGAGCUGGGGUGAACUUCCCAAUUGGAGAGCUUCCGAGCCAACCAUACUACCAUGACAUGAACUCCGGUGUGAAUCUACAGAGGUCACUGUCUUCUCCACCAAGCAGCAAGAGACCCAAAACUAUCUCUAUAGAUGAGAAUAUGGAGCCAAGUCCAACAGGAGACUUUUAUCCCUCUCCAAAUUCACCAGCUGCUGGGAGUCGGACAUGGCAUGAAAGAGAUCAAGAUAUGUCUUCUCCUACAAUGAAGAAGCCUGAAAAGCCUUUGUUCAGCCCUACAUCUCCCCAGGAUUCUUCGCCAAGACUGAGCACUUUCCCCCAGCAUCACCAUCCAGGAAUCCCAGGAGUUGCACACAGUGUCAUCUCAACCAGAACUCCUCCUCCGCCUUCACCAUUGCCAUUUCCAGCCCAGGCUAUUCUCCCUCCUGCCCCGUCUAGCUACUUCUCUCAUCCAACAAUCAGAUAUCCUCCCCACCUGAAUCCUCAGGAUACUCUGAAGAAUUAUGUACCUUCUUAUGACCCGUCCAGUCCUCAGACUAGCCAGCCUAACAGCAGUGGUCAAGCCCAUCACAGUGCGGUGCGACCUGUGACCCUGACCAUGACAGAUACUAAACCCAUCACUACAUCCACUGAAGGUGAGGCAUCUUCACCUACAGCAACCACCUACACAGCCUCAGGCACAUCCCAAGCCAAUCGAUAUGUGGGACUAAGCCCAAGAGACCCAUCCUUCCUACACCAGCAACAGCUGAGGAUUUGUGACUGGACCAUGAAUCAAAACGGCAGGCAUUUAUACCCCAGUGCCAGUGAGGAUACAUUGGGAAUUACUUGGCAAAGUCCUGGUACCUGGGCUAGCUUGGUUCCUUUUCAAGUAUCAAACAGGACACCAAUCCUGCCGACAAAUGUCCAAAAUUAUGGUUUGAACAUAAUUGGAGAGCCUUUCCUUCAAGCAGAAACAAGCAACUGAGGGAAAAUGAAACAAAAGAAACAUUAAAAGAAAAAAAAAAAACAGAAAAGAAAAAAGAAAGGAAGACAGGACAAAAAAUGAAACUGAAGAUAGAAGAAAAAUAGACCAGCAAUUGCAGCACUUACAAUCACUAAUUCCCUUAUGGUUGAAACUGUAAUGACAUAAAAAGGGUCGAUGAUAUUUCACUGAUGGGUAAAAUGCAGCCCCUGCUAAGUAGCCUUUGUUGUAUGAAGUCUGCUGGGAAAUAGAUGUUCUGUCUCUGACAAUAUAUUUUAACUGACUUUCUAGAUGCCUUAAUAUUUGCAUGAUAAGCUAGUUUUAUUGGUUUAGUAUUCUUGUUGUUUACGCAUGGGAUCACUAUUCCUGGUUAUCUCACAAAACAAAGGCUAGGCAGCAGCAACAGAGCUGCAGGAGGACAAGGGCUGUGAGCCAGCCAUUUUCUCAACUCUCUGAUUUCUAAAAGUUUGAAAAAAUAAGCUCUGUAGCCUUUAGUAAUCAGUACAGAUUGAUUAAACUGGCCCUUAACCCAGCCUUUUCUAGUGUGUUACCCAGUUUGGAAUUUUCAAAGUCAGUAUGAACACGCAGACUCUAUGGAAGAAAUGCCUCUAUGUAGGUAAAAGUGUUAUCUCCUCAUGCAACAGUAAGAAAUAAUUUAGCAUUUUCCCCACUAAAGAAACACAGAGGCAAGUGCAAUUUAAAAAUUAUAUCUAAAGGGGAACAUCAUUAUAAGUCCUUCAGCCCUUGGACUCUAAAUUGAGGGGAUUAAAAGAAAAGAAUUUCAAAUUACUUUGAACAAAUUUAUUUUCCCCUCAGUUUUUGAGGGCAUUAAAAGGCAUUAAAUCAAGACAAAUCAUGUCCUUGAGAAGAAGAAAUUAAUAGAAACACAGCACUUAUGUUGGUUUAGCUGCUGCCCCCCCCUUAAGGGGUAGGAUUUAUUUAUUUAAAGUUACUGGUUGCAUCAAGAACCCAUAGGGUGUAUAUAAGGUUCUAUAAAAUCUGCAUUGUAGAGACAAAGAGAAAGGCAAAUCCAUGUCACAAGGGCAAAGCUUAUAGUUUACAAACUGGGAAUACCAGGGUGGGGGUGUUAAAUGUAUUUAAAAAUGCACUCUCAAAAGAAGUCUAAUCACAGGGUGCUGAAAACUUGCAUGGUGCUUUCAGAAAUUAGCCUUGUUCAACAAAUUUCUCAUAUUGACAGACCUAUAAAUGUGCAUGGGCAGACAAAUUUUGCCUCGAUGUCUCUUAAAAAUCAAUCAAUUAAUUAAUUAAUUAAAAUACUCUUUCCAGUAAUCCUAAUUUGCACGAAGAUAUAAUGUCCACAUUACGUGCCUUGCCUUGAAAUCUAAGAAAAAAAGACAAAAAACAAAAAAACCACAAAAAACAAAAACAAAAAAUCACAAAAAAAUUGACAUCACUACACUUGUUUUGCUGCAUUUAUUAUCAUUUUAAAUCUUUACCAUUUUUAUGACAAAAUAUUUUGUACUCCAGAUGGGAAAAAGUGUGACAUCAUGGAUUUUUUAGACAGUUAUACCUUUAUCUCACAUUUAUAAAGCAUAUCAUGGCUGUGUAUAGUUGCCGCUUAAAAAUUGUAAUCGACCAGCAAUAUUUUCAGUAUUUUGGUGUUUUUUCUAUUAACCUUUCAUGUUUUUCAUCUUCCAAUUAAUAUUUGGGGGGGGGGGAUUCAAAUUUAUACGAAUUAUGCAAUACCAAGUUUUGCCUAUGUAGGUAGUGCUUUUAGCUGUAUUGGUUAUUAUAGGUAAGUACACAGAUUUAAAAGAAAAAAAAGAAUAAUGUAUGCUUUUUUUGUUUGUUUUAAUUGACCAAAGUGGGUACUGCUAUUUUUGCAGUGUGAUGAGGUCCUUUUGUGUACUGAGAGAUGGACAGGGGAUUUUUUUUUAUACAUAUAUAUAUAUUCUGGGGUGGGUGGGGAGGAUUUUUAACACUUUACAGUGUAGCUGUGAAGCAGUGCACCCUAAGCCAGGCAAGGGCUGCAAAGCGACUGUUCUGCCUACUGUGACAAACUUUCAAAUAGGUUCCCUCUUUUUAACUUCCCACCUGGGGUGCAAGCUGAACUCAUUUCUGGAUUUUUUAGGAAAAAAUAAUGGAUUCUGUUGGAGGCAGACUUGACUUGAGAAAAUUGUUUUUACUUCUUUUUAUUAUUGUUAUUAUUAGUAUUAUUUUGAGAGGUCAAGACCCACAGUGAGACUGGGACGUUUCUCUUUUUGGCAAAGGUAUUACAUCCUCAGAUGUACACAUUAGUGUGUGUUCUUAGCUAAGAAUGACAUGGAAAUAUACUUUCUUGUAUGAGAGGCACAUACUGGGCCAAAUUCUUUGCUGGGGUAACUCGAUUGACUUCUGUUAACUCCAAAAUAGCUAUGCCAACAGAGAAUUUGGCACCCUAUAUUUAAAUGACCAGCCACUAUUCUUUAUUUUAUGUCAAAGAAUUUAGUUUAGUUACACAAAGCAUCUGAUUUUCAGGCAUCUCCCUUAGCAAACCAGUGCCAGAGGUUUAAAAUUUCUUCACGUGCAAAAGGUCAGAUGGAAAGUUGCAGUUAUGUACUGUGACUUGAAUAGAUUUAAAGUAGACUGUAAAUAAAAGUUUAUUUCAAGUACAGUAAAAAUCUUCCAGACUUGUAGUGGGCCAUUGCUUCACAUCUUAUACAUGUAUAGGCUUCAUGUUGUGGCUCGCUUAGAGUGCAUUUUCCCAUCAAAGUCCAAGGUGCAAAUGGAGUGGGGAAUAAGUCCAUUAAAUGGAUACUCCUCUUCCCCACCACCUUGGCCAUGGAUAAUUCAGCCCUUUAAGGCUGUCCCUACACUAAGUAUUUUCUUAAAGUUUCUCCCCAUUAAACUACCGGUGGUGUGCAUUCUAAUAAUGGUAGCAUGGCUAAGAGUUCUAGUGGCAGCAAGAUGCUUACAUUACUGCUGCGCUAUCUGAAGCCACUAAUAUAUCCCCAACCCUAUUCAAAGCAAAUGGAAAUGAUGAAGUGGUUAAGAAUGUGGCAUGUGCCAGCAUCUUGUUUCCAUUAGAGCUCCCACUAUCUUCACUUCAGUGGAGUUGUACUGGUGGGACAGUUGAGAAGAAAGCAGCGUAGUCAAGGCCUAAAAGGCAACAGAGAGAGAGAGAGAGAGAAGCUAGAAAUUUUAAAAAAAUCCUUAAGAUUUAUAUUUAGCUAAAAAAAAAAAAAAAAAAUCAAUUUUAUGUUGCUCUUUUUCUGAGCCCCAUGGUAAGUGAAUUCAUUCACUAAAUAAAUUGCUGUUAAGAGUAACCGAAAUGUAGACCACCACCUUGAGGAUCCCUUAGGCUAUGGCCUGAUAAAAUAAACCUCGUAUUGUUCUAUCAGCCCAUCGCUUAAUAAUGAAUGGCUAUGUGCUGGAGAACUGAUUAGCCCAUUCAGUAAGAUGUCCCCUUUAACUCUGAAUAACGCAGCACGAUGAAACCAAGACAGUUCAGACUUUAAAGUGCAAUAAUUUAUAUGAUUCUUAUCCUUGUAGACAGUGGAUGGUCUUAACUAAACUUUUUGUGUCUUUGACCUAUCAUGCAGUCAAAUCAACACAAUUUUUUAAGGCAAACUCACUCUAUGUGAAUGAAUUUUCCUCUCUGGAUUGUUGAUUAACUCUGUGGGUUUUUCUGCCUGCCUCUAUAAUAUAAAGGCCUAUUUUAAUUUUUUUAUUUUUUUUAAAGAACAAAAUGCUCAAAAGUCAUAAGAUUAAGAAAAUACAGAGGACUCAAAUCCAGUCUGUAGCCUCCUCCUUCACCAGGAAGUGUAUUCUGACUAAAUCAAGCCACCCCGUUCUAUGUGCACUGUUCUGCCUUUAUUAAGUUGCUUUGCAGCCCUGGCCUCAUGGCUGUGCCGCUGAAGUGUGUUUCCCCUGGAGUGACAUGAACGUUUGAGGCUUGACUAAGGAAAAAAAAGGCAGUGAAGGAGACUGUACAUAAAGACAUGGCAAAAAUAUUAAUUAUAGCAAUAUAGUUGUGGGGUGAUGUUCAGGUGGGCAGCUCCAUUGAAAAUAUGUGAAUGAAUCUGUGAAGCUGCAAGUAGCGAGAAGAACAGAGGAUCUUCUUAAUGAACCGCCUACCUUGUAGACAGUAAUUUGUACACUGUAUAGUUUUGUUAAGAAUUUUUUUUUAAUUAAAGUACCCUUGUUUGUAAAGCUAACUUUUUAACAAUUAUAAUGGAAAUAAUAUGUCAUUUCCAUUUUUAAAGUAAACAAGAAUAUUCCUUGUCUAGAAACUGGACUCGGGUUAAAACUCUCCAGUUUCUUAAUUUAUGUAUUAAAAAAAUCUGUCCAUGUUAGGAGUUAUUUCGCAGAUUCCUGUGCUUGAGAAGCAGAGGUUACUAAUCCUUUAAAAAAUGUAAAUGGAGAAAAGUUAUAUUUUAUGAAGGUUAUUUUGUUGUAUUUAGUAUUGGAAAAGUUGGUUUUGCAGAGCCUUUCAGAAUGUUGGAAGCACCACUGUCUUUUUAUUAGUAUAUAUGGCCUUUAGCAAAAGUUUUUGUGAUUGUUACAUGAUGGUAUUUAAGAUUAGGUUCACAGAGCAUUCAGGAGAGGCAGAGAAUGAAAACAGUACUUAUGUCUCACAUAGCUGUGUCCUCAGGGAGCAGAAUUUUGGAUUUGCAACUUGUAGCUUCAUAAGGACUUAAUGAAAGAGAUUGCACAGGGACACACUCAGCUGUGACACCCGAGUGUGUUCUGUACCUAAACUCUAAAUUAUAUUUACUGUGUGAGAUUAUGAAGGCUGCAGAAAGUUAUCCCAUAUUCAGUGUACAGUAUUCACUUUUAAUGAAACAACUCUAUAAUGUUGCUGGCAGUAAGGCCCCAAGCAUGACAUCCAAUAUAGUUUACAUGAUCCUGUCAAGGUCUUUUGUUAACGUUAACCAGCUGCAUGCUCCUGGACUUUUUUUUAUUGGGUUUCUAUAGAAAACUUAAAAAAAAAUAAUAUGCAGGCUAAUCAAGUUAAACAAGAAAAGCUCAAAAUUGAAUGUUCUACUCCAUGCUGAAGGAGCUGAAAUCUGUCUCCUUCUUAUUUGCACUUUCUGCUAGUUCCCCUGUU